AACGUGGUCCAACUCUCCGUUCCCGCUUACGGCUUAUUCUGAACCUCCGACAGGAGCGAGACCAGCGUGACUUACAAUGAGGGAAACUACCUUAGAUACCUAGGUAGUUGUAUGUUCACGUUAUUCAAUCAUUUAUUCACUCUGGUGUUUCUUCCCAAAGUCAAUUGCCAAUUCACCCUUUCUAGGCUGGCAACAAGUUCACUUUGCUGUAUUGUUGCUUGCGUCCGACGUUACGUACCUCUAUUGCAAGGAUUACGUUUGUCACUGAAGCAAGCCAAGCAAUUCACCACUCCACCCGAGCUACGGCCGUGCGCGUUUAAACGAGCCAAAAACGAUACUGAACGAGCUCGAAUCCCCAUUUGCGAAGCACCACGUCAUACUUGCCUUUUCCUGAAAGCCCAGGCCCCCUUACCUCUUGAACGGUUAAACCCAUCUCAUCAGCGAACUGUACGAUACGCGUGCCCAUCGGGGCAGCUUUCCAUUCCAACGCCAGAGAGCACACUGCCGCCAUAGGUAACUCUCCAAUCAGGUGCACACAAGAUGGCUGGCAUCGAGCAGCUUGAAAUACAUAGCAAGUCGUACAUCGUCCGUUGGGUCAAGGUCGAGGAUGGCUACACGGUGUCGUGGAGCGUGCAACCGCACAAGAAGUCAAUAAACUUCGGCAUUGUUAAGCAUCCUGGCAGCGCCGGUACGAACCUAGCCACGACCGCAGGCCAAACCGACGACUCGACAUUGACGAUCGAUACCUCUGUCAACGAUGGCUCCAACGACCCCAAGGGCGCCGCCAGCGGAUCUGGUGGUCUCUUCAAACGGGAUGCGAGCACCGCUGAAGAGCAGCUGUCCAAAAAGGGCUUCAAGAUGAUCAAGUGGCACGGCAAGUGUCCAGCGGAUAAGGUCACGACAGGCACUUACGAUGUCGCAGCUGGGCAAAGCGGGAUGUAUGGAAUGGUAUUCGACAACACCUUCUCCAAACAGACGUCAAAAAAUGCUACGAUUGUGCUCCUUACCUACCCGACGGGCUCUGCACCGCAGCCCGGCCAAACCCUCUCGAACCUCAAGGCCGGCCCCAAUGCCAGCGCGAGCAAAACGAGCCUCGGCCGUCAUUCCAACCCAAGCCCCAUGAUCGGUGCAACCAACGAGAGUCUAGACAGUCUGCACAGCCAACAGCAGCUUCCCGGCCGCUCGCGUUCUUUGGCUUCCCAGGGUGGGGGCGGACCGUCGAAUGCCCACACGGGGAUCCUGAUGAAGCGCAGGCGCAAGAAGGGUCAGGGCUACGCGAAGCGUUUCUUCUCGCUCGACUAUGCCACUUGUACCUUGUCGUACUAUCACAACCGCAACUCAUCCGCCUUGCGCGGUGCCAUCCCCCUCAGCCUGGCCGCCAUUGCUGCCGAUGAGCGCAGGAGGGAAAUCAGCAUCGACUCGGGCGCCGAGAUUUGGCACCUCAAGGCCCCCAACGACAAGGAUUUUGCCGAAUGGGCAAGCGCAUUGACGAGGGCCUCUCGGAUCGCCAGAGGUGCUGAACCUCCAACUGCCGGAGGGGCGGCGGGCGGUAGUUCUAUGCAGCAGACUUUUGGCGGGGCAGGUAGCGCUCUUGCGCCGCUCAACAACCCGCAGGAGGAGGAUCGGGAAUGGCAGCAGGUUGAGGCGCUUGUUAGCCGUGUUGUGGGAACUCGUGAUGCGCUCAGGAGGCUGGUUAAGGAUAUGUCGGUACAGAACCAUGCGGUAACAUCUCCACGGCCCGCUACUGGAAACAGGUCUGUGUCUUCUGCCACACCUGUCGCAGAAGAGGGUGACGGGUAUUUCCAGGGUGUUGAGAAGAGGCCGUUCUGGAAGCGCAAGUCCAGUGCCAUCGUAACUACUCCACAGUCUUUCCACUCUGCAUCGACAGCUCUAGCAGUCCCGAGUCCGAACACUACAACCAUUACAGCAAAUGGCGGCCCUGGCGACAAGCGCAAGUCCAAGGCGUACAGCCUACAUGAGCAGAACAUGUAUGGCGUGCAGGAGAACUGCAAGGCUUUGCUUGGCGACCUGGACUCGGUAGUCUCGGGGUUUUCUCAGCUACUGGCCACGAGCAAACGGAGACGAAUGCCUGUGCCCCAAUCGGCUGCAUCUCGAAACAGUAUCGAGUCCACCUCGACGGAAGAGUUCUUCGAUGCUGCCGAGGGCACAGAGGGCCGCUCGGAGCUUCUUAUGAUCGACAAUCAGAGCGAGGAGUCACCGAAUUCGGAAGCAGAGGACGAGUUCGGCUCUGCCCAGGACGCUUCCGACCGAUCGUCUGUGUCUUCAAUUGCGGACGGAGACGAUCUCACCCGCACUGGUACAGUCGACAACAGUAACCUUUAUUACCCAGCAAAACCCAAAUCGCUUGAUCCGCUCCCCAUAACCACCACAAUACAACGCAGGCGUACCAUUCCGCCUGCGACCACCAUGCCUCCCAGUUUGAUUGCAUUCGUUCGGAAAAAUGUCGGCAAGGACUUGAGCACCAUAAGCAUGCCUGUCUCGUCCAACGAGCCAAUAUCACUCCUGCAGCGCAUGGCAGAGCAGCUCGAAUAUGCAAGCCUACUCGACACGGCGGCCAAGCAGAAGCUGGAAACAGACAGGCUUCUUUAUGUCACUGCCUUUGCCGUGUCUCAAUUCAGCAGCACUCGGGCAAAGGAGCGUGCCAUCCGCAAGCCAUUCAACCCGCUCCUUGGUGAGACGUUCGAGAUGCUCAGGACAGAGUCAGAAUGCCCCGGCGGUGUGCGCCUGCUCGUCGAGAAGGUUUCGCACCGCCCCGUACGGCUGGCGAUGCACGCCGAUGGCGCCUCAUGGAGCUUCGCGCAGGCGCCCGCACCCACGCAAAAGUUCUGGGGCAAGAGCAUGGAGCUAACGACCGAGGGUAAGGCCCGCGUGGUGCUCAGGCUGCCCGACGGCGGGGAGGAGCACUACAGCUGGGGAGUUGCAACGGUAUUUCUCCGAAACGUCGUCAUGGGAGAGAAAUACGUCGAGCCUGUGGGCAGCAUGGCGGUCAACAAUGAGUCGACGGGAUCGCGAGCCGCCGUUGAGUUCCGCACCAAGGGCAUGUUUGGCGGCAGGGGCGAGGAUGUGCAGGUCGAGACGUGGGGACCGGACGGCGUGCACACUGGCAUUUCCCUGGCGGGCACCUGGACCCAGAGCCUACGCAAGGUCGAGGCAGGCAAGUCGGCCGGGGCCGAGGUGUGGAAGGCCGGCAGCCUCGUGGACAACGCGAGUCAAGUCUACGGCAUGACGACGUUUGUUGCCUCGAUGAACGAGAUUACAGAGCUGGAGAAGGGCAAACUGCCGCCCACGGACUCGCGCCUGCGGCCUGACCAGCGCCUGGCCGAGCAAGGCAAGCUGGAUGACGCCGAAAACUUCAAAGUCCAGCUCGAGGAGGCACAGCGGGCGCGCAGGAGGGCGCUCGAGGAGCGCGGGGAGCAGCACCGGCCCAGGUGGUUCGUCAAGGUUGCCGAGGGGCCCGACGGGGACGAGGUGUGGCGGCUCAAGGGUGGCAAGGAUGGUUACUGGGAGGAGAGGGCCAAGGGAUCAUGGACGGGAGUUGAAGAUAUCUUCAAGCAGUAGAGUCGAGACUCGGAUGGGCUGGGUUAAAUGUGCUUCUUUUUGUUUAGUCGAUUUUUUCGCUUUCGCUUUAUCGUUUCCUGCGCAAAUCUGCUUUUCAGGGCGUAUUUAUACCUAUCGCAUAUCUAUGGAUUUGCGACGUCGUUUCAAUCUUCGUUUUUAAUUAUUAGGGAUUGCAUGGUCCAAGGAAAAGAAAAACAGGUUAGAAGAAUGCUAGAGCUUUUUUGAGCAUAA